AGAUAAAAUGAUAGACUGUAUACCUAAAUAAUAAAAGAUCAAAUCGAAAAUUUGAAAUCGUUAAUUGAACUGAUUUGUGAUUGCGCUAUUUGGUUCGCUUGGAUUUGCAACUUUGAUCAUACUUUGUGCAUCCCUAUAUUUUGAGGGUCCAAUAUUUUAUUGGACUUGCCCUAACUUGACCUUAGAUUUGGGGAUUAAUUUUAUGAGACAUAACGCAUGAGUGGGAUUGAAGUCCAAAAAUAGAUGGAUAUAAGGUCCAAGUAUGGGUCUUAUAUUUUUAUAUCCUAACCCAUGUAAGCCUGCCUUGAUCCAAACCCAUUUAAGCCUGCACUAGAUCCAAACUCAACCAUGACCCAAGAUAAAAUAGACUCUAGACCAAUUUUUAAUUUAUUAGGCUUUCUUUUAGACCCAAACUCGAUCGAUAAAAACAUUUGAUACCUAGUUAGAGCUCACCUUAGAGUUUAAAAAAAUAAUCUGGUAAGAACAAUCAGAUUAAGACUCAUUUUAAAUCUUGAAGUCACAAGUCAGUUAAGUCUUUGUUCGGAUUCAUAAUUUUCAAACCUUGUGGUACGAUUAUGAGUUUGUGGGUCCUUAUAAAUUAAAUGGGUUUGAGUUUGGUUUUAGUUAUACCAAAUUCAAACCCUGACUCUUGAUUAAUACUAAUCUUGUAAUGUGCGACCUACCAUAGUCUAUGAGCUUUUCUGUAAAGUCAAAUAUCAUAGUCAUGCCACUUUAAUAUUAAAUAUGCAUUUAUAUUUCUGUGAAUGGAGAUGCAAUAAGUUACAAAUCCAACCUGUCUGUUUCUCAACAAAAAUACAAAUAAAUACUCUUAUAAUAGUCUACUUCUUACUCGUGUCAAGAAACCAAUUCAACCAACCCUAUGAAGCUCAAUUAUCUUAUAUAUCCAUCAACUCCUGCUUAUAUUACAUAGGAAUAUAAGUAAUCAGAAUAUAAGUAAUCACUAGCACUAAAGUUCAAACGCAAAUACUUUGAUAUUUGUUCUAUCCUCACAUGGCUGUAUUUUGUUUUGGCUCCAUUUUAUUUCCACACUCAAAAUAAUAAUGUCUUCAUCAACAAAAAUGAAGAAACCCAUCAUAAAUGUUAAAGCAAAAACACUCCUUUAUCCAUUUCUUCUAUUUUCUGCAAUCAUAAUUACCCUUUUUACUGAAUUAGCUGCUGCUCCUCAACAGCUAUUCAAAGGCUUUACAGCAUCUCCAAAUCCAACUACACCAAAUUUUCAGCCCCUUUUGAGCGAUUCCACCGGAAACUUUUCACUCACUUUCCUCCGAGUUAACCAGGAUCAACUCGCGCUUGCUGUACUCCAUGUUCCUUCUGGUGAGUCCCUUUGGCAGGCUAACUUUACUGAGCCGACCCAGUGGGACAAACAUACUCAGCUCAUCUUCAAUGGGAGUAUUGUAGUUACAAACCAUCAUUCAAGGGUAGUUUGGUCCACGAAUACGGAUGGGGAUCUUGUUGUGCUUGCUGGUAGUUCUAAUUUGCAAAUCCUUAAGGGUGAGAAAUCUCCAUCUGUUUUAUGGCAAAGUUUUGAGUCUCCUUCUGAUACCCUUUUGGAAAAUCAAAAUUUCACUUCUACCAUGUCACUUAUUUCUAUGAAUGGGCUUUAUACGAUGCGUUUAGGUCCUGAUUUUAUUGGCUUGUACGCUAAAUUCAAGUCUUUAGGUUCGGGUUCAGACCAAAUAUACUAUCGACAUCGAGCCAUGCAAGCCAAGGCCAAUAUAAUAAUAGGUCAUGGUCCAAUUUUGGCUCGUAUAAGCUCAGAUGGGUUCAUGGGACUUUACCAAAAUGGGUCUACUCCGGUUGAUAUUGAAUCAUUUAAUAGCUAUCAAAGGUCUGUACCUGGACCAAGACGCGUUCGAUUAGAAAAUGAUGGUAAUUUAAAAGGUUAUUACUGGUCUAGCUCGAGUUGGGUCUUAGAUUAUGAGGCAAUAUCGGAAACAUGUGAGUUACCUAGCGCUUGUGGGCUAUAUGGGCUUUGUAGGCCCGGGUUUGGUUGUUCUUGUUUAGAUAAUCGAACCCUUGCUAAAGUCGAUCAGUGUUACCAAACACAAGAGAUUAAGGACCUUUGCGAAGAAAGUACAAAUAAAAAGAACAAAAUUUCGGAGAUUAGGAGGAUAGGAGUUGAGUUGCCAUACAAAGAGCUUAUGUCUUACAUUGAAAUGACGUCGUUUGAGGAAUGUGAGAAGUCAUGUAAACAAAAUUGCACGUGUUGGGGUGUAUUGUACAACAAUGGUUCAAAGUUUUGUUACAAUGUUGAUUACCCUAUACAAACAAUCCUAGAAGUUGUAGGACAUGAAAGUAAGAUGGGUUAUUUUAAGAUGUGGGAAGGUGGAAAGAAGAAAAGAGAUGAAAGAUUAGGAAUUGGGAUUGGACUUUUAAGUGGGGCCAUCAUUGUGCUUGGAUUAGUUAUUGGAUUUGGAGUGUACAAAUUUUGGAAGAGGAACAAGAUGGUCAAUAAUCAUAAUAGUAUUUUAGAGAAAGAGGAUAUUAAUGCUCCUGGGCCAUAUAAAGAUUUGAGAUCCUCUAGUUUCGGAUCAGUUGAAUUAAGCAAUAGAUGAUAAUAGUACAAUAUAGAAGUCAACUUCAUCGGAUGUGUGUGAAUGCCUACAAACAGGGCAGAUUCAAUUGCCUUUUGGCGUCUGCACAUUAGGACACUAAAUUAAAAAAAAUGUUAAAAUUUUUAAUAUAUUUUUAUGAUUUUUGUAUAUGUGUUUUAAAAUUGAACUUUUUUUUUAUAUAAAUAGAAAUUUGUGCUUCCAUUGACUUUACAAUUAGAAGGAAUAGGGAGAGUAAGUACUCUUAAGUUCUUUUGAAAUAUAAUUGAGUGCAAUUAAUACUAGAAUUUCAGAGUAUAUCCCUAUUUUUCAACUGUAUUAUGGUUAUACUAUCAAUUGAUUUGCGUUGUGUGUGAUUUUCCACAAGUUAGGAGUUGACUGAGAUUACAAAUAGUGCUAGUUGUAUACUUGUAUUUACAUUGGAUCAUGAGAUAAUGUGGCUGUUUUGUGACCACUGAAUGUAAAAUAAUGUACUCUUGGAUUUAGCUAUUGGUGUUUAUUCGGGU